GUACUUUGGUAUCAAAACUCGUUCCUGCUUCAACCAACUGAUAGAAGACUGAUGAGCCAUCAAGGUCUGACCCAUUCUCUGAUGAUCCGCAAUCUGCAGCUCUCCGACUUCGGCAACUACAGUUGUUCAGUGGUGAACUCCAUCGGAAAGGAGAAGAAGUACAUCGAACUGUCAGGAAAACCGGGUCCACCGAGCAUCACGAGCGCCCAAUACUCGAACCCGCACGAUUACGACCUGACCUGGACCGUCCAGAGCGUCUUCCCCAUCCUGGAAGUGCGCAUCCUCUACAGAAUGAUGCAGAUCAACGCCUCGUACCAUCAUCCGGGUCAAUGGCACGACCUCCUGGUGCGACCCCAUCAGAUCUUCAACGCCGUCACCGGAGAGCGAAGACAGAGUUACCACCUGGUGAACUUGCAAGCGGAUUCCGUGUACGAGUGUCUAGUCCAAACCAAGAACCAGCACGGUUUCGGCGAAUUGAGCGAUCUGCACCAGUGGUUCACCUCGCAGAAGGGAAGACCUCUGGUGCGAUCAUCCUCCGCCUCCAAGAGCUGCCAUCCCUUAGCGACGAUCGCAGCUGCAAUGAUCAUCAUCGUCAGCGUCGCCCUCUGUUGACACCCGAAGCCAAUAACUAAGAAUAAUUAAGACAAAGCGUAUUUUAUCUUGUUUCACGAUCUAGCACUAAUACUAUUUAAUACAUAUAUAUAUAACACAGUGGAAAAUCAACCCUUAAAAUUGGAAUUUUUG